CGCCCCCGCGCCACAGCAGAACGCAGACGGGUCCUACAACUACGACAAGCCGGCCACGCCGUUCGGCGGGAAGGGUGCGGCUGCGGCGCCGGGAGCUGCUCCAGACAUGAAGUACCUGCCCCCUGAAAAGAAGGCGGGCGCGGCGUCGCCGGAUACGAAGUACCUGCCGCCGGCCGCCGCUGGCGGCGAAGCCAGCAAGCCAAAGGGUAAGGCGCCGAACAUGAAGUAUCUCCCUCCUAGUCAGGCCGCCGGCCGGCCAACCCCGCCGCAGAACGCGGACGGCUCCUACAACUACAACAAGCCGGCCAAGCCCUUCGCCGGCGGGGCGGGCGCCGCCAGCCCCACCAUGAAGUACCUGCCGCCGAAGGGCAGCGCAGGCGCGGCAGCGCCGAACACCAAGUACCUGCCUCCGUCGCGAGGCGCCGGCCCCGCCGCCGCGGCCGCCCCCAACACCAAGUACCUCCCGCCCAACAAGGCGUCCGCAUCGCCGCCGAGCAACAACUACCUGCCGCCGGCGGCCGGGGGCCAGAAGUCGGCGCCGGACUCCAAGUACCUCCCACCCAAGGACGCCGGCGGCGCCAAGCCGGCGAGCGGCUACCGGCCGCCACCGCCGCGGUCCCAGCUGCGGCCGACGCGGCCUCCGCCGCGUCCGAGACCCGUGCCCGACAGCUACCUGCCGCCAGCCGUGCUGCGGCCGCCGCCCAGGGCCCCGGGCAGCCAGUACCUGCCGCCGUCCAACGGGUUCCGCGGUCCCUCGGCAGCAGGCGCCGCCGCGGGCUUCCGCGGUGGUUUCGGUGGCUCGGGCCCCGCGGGCGGCCCGGGCCGGCCGCAGCCUCCGCAGCAGCAGCAGCAGCAGGGCCCCGGCGGGGACUUCGUCAGGCACGAGCACGGCGGCGUGAUCCGGGGUCGCUACUCCAUCCCGCUGGGUGGCGGCCGCUGGCUCGUCGUCUCGUACGUGGCGGACCACACCGGCUACCACCCCACCAUCCAGUACCUGUGAGCGGGCAGCAGAGCGACAGAUCUCCCUCCACCGCCGCCGCCGCCGCCUCUCCUCCCGCGGGUCCGACGUCGUCGCCGCGCAUCGGCCGCCCGUAAAGAAGAGAGGCAGAAGAGACCUCCCCCUUCCUCUAGUGUAUCGCCCAUUUUGUUUUACUGUUUUGUUUUGUUUUUGUUAUCGAUGUUACUGUUGUUUUUACUGUUGAAGAUUGUUUUAUUUCCCUGUUGAAACUGUUGGGGGCAUAGAGCUCUCGCAUCUUUGGAAGGGGGUGCUAAAUAUUUUUAUCUCCUUCCUGAAACGUUUAUAUGGAUCGUCGGCCUGCUCCAGUCAUUACAGUAACUUCUGCUAAGUUGCCGAGCAGUCUUUGCCCCCAACAGUAUUUAUUUUUUGUUUUUAUUUGUUGAACUGUGCUUAUUUAUUUUUUGUUGCUAAUUGUAAUAAUAAUAACAACGAGAAGAAACGAUGCAUUUGGUGUUGAUUCCGCAUCCUCUUUGGCGCGCCCCCCGCCACGCCGCGCCACGCCAGAC